UUUUUUACUAUAAGUAGUGAAAUAAAAGUGAAGAAAAACAUAAAAAUAAAAAUUCAUCGAUGUGAUUUAAUAUUAUAAAUUAUUAAAAUUAUGUCAAGGCAAUCAGUUAAUAAUACAUCUCAAUCAAAUAUAACUCUUAUCACAUUAAGUGAUAGUGAAGAUGAUGAUGACGACGAAGUUAAAAUUAUUGAUCAAAAAGAAAAUGUUUCUGCUGUGACGGAUGAAGAUAUCAAAGUAGUUCUUGAAAAGGAUCGGGCUUUUUCAAUUCUUAAAACGGUUGAAUUGCAGACGAUUGAUGAUACAAAAUCUGACGUGAGUUUUGGUACGAGUUCAUUGAUUGAGUCACCGGUAAAAUUAAAUAAGACAAUUACACCUGAAACUUCUGAAACAGUUGAAGUAAAAAUUAUUAAAGAAAAUAUUACAAUAAGGAUACUAGAAACACCUGAAAAAGUCAAGCCAGAAAUUAGAGAAGAAAAGAUUACAAAUUUAUUAGAAAGACUUGAAAAUUUAAAAAGAGAAAUUAAAGAAGAAGAGACUCAAAAGCCACUAGAAAAAUUUCAAAAAGUUAAACGAGAAAUUAAAGAAGAAAAGAAUACAAAGCCAGUAGAAACACUUCAAAAAGUCAAACCGGAAAUUAAAGAAGAAAAAAAUACAAAGCCAAUAGAAACACUUCAAAAAGUCAAACCGGAAAUUAAAGAAGAGAAAGUUACAAAGCCAAUAGAAACCCCUAAAAAAGUUAAACCUGAAAUUAAAGAAGAAAGGAUUAGAAAUUCACCAGAAACACAUCAAAAAAUUAAAACAGAUGUUAAAGAAAAUAUUGAUAAAAAUGUAAAAACUGAUAAAGAUUCUAAAAAAACCGUACUUGAGUUAGAAAAUCCAACUGUUAGUGCGAAUAAGCGCAAAAAAUUAAAUUGUGAUGAACAAGAAAACGUGUUACGAGAAAUAAAGCUAGAAAAUGUAAAAUUGGAACAAAAGUUUAAUUAUAAAUCUCACUCGAACUGUGUCAUCAAUCCUCAAAACAAAAAAUUUAAGAAUGAUUUUAAAUUUAAUGAAAAAUUUGAUAUUAAAACAGAUACUUCAGCAACAAGAAAUAAUUUAAAUGAUUCAUCAACUUCAAAGUCCGAAAACACAUCUAGCAAAUCACGAUCUUCUAAAAAGCAAGUGAAAAUAAUGUUUACCGGUGUUAAUUAUCAAGAGUAUGAAAAACCUCUUUCUGAAAUCGGAGGUAUAAUAGUCACUAAUCCGUCGAUUGCAAAUAUUUUAGUGACAGAUCAAAUUCGUCGAAAGUUUAAAUUCACUUUAGCCAUAGCACGAGGCAUUCCAAUUGUAUCAGUACAAUGGAUAAAAACAAGUCUUGAUAGUAAAAAAUUUCAAAAUCCGUUCUCUUAUAUCAUUAAAGAUAUUCGUUUUGAACGUGAAUAUAAUUUUGACUUGUGUGACAUUUUAUUGAAAGCACAAAAAAAUUUUAUUUUUGAAGACUACACGUUUAUCAUUACCCGGAAUGUCCAUCCGAAAUUUUCAGAUUUAUCUGAACUAAUUAAAGCAUCAGGUGGAAUAACUCUAGUGAAUGCACCUAAGACAUGGAGAGAUCAUACAUUUAUUGUCAGUUGCGAAUAUGAUUUAUCAUCUGCACGACGUAAGAAACUUAAUUCUCCUAGAAAGUCAAUAGUACCGAUCGUCGAAGCUUCAUUCAUAAUUGAUUCUAUCUGGCAGCAAAAAAUUAACAUAAAAGAUCAUUUACUCAGUUAUUGAAGUAAUUUCGACAAGUUUUUGU